AUGAUCAAGAAGCUGCAGGCUCUGCUGGGGAAAACAUUCAAGGCGUCGAGGUACAAAACGCUGUCGGAUCUGGUGAUCUCCAGGAUCGCGUACCUCGAGAGACAACACAAAGCACGCUGCUCCCAAGCCACAGACGACGUCGCUCAGCUCCUCGCCCAAGGCCACCUCGAGCGCGCUCUCCUCCCGGCCACGUGCGGGGAUUUACCUGAGCUGCAAGAGAUGAAGCGGCUUUUCACUUCCAGAUAUGGCAAGGAGUUUACAGCUCGUGCCACUGAGCUCCGCAAUCACUGUGGUGUUCAUCCUGGGAUGGCAAAUAAGCUAUCGACGAGGCAACCAAGUUUGGAGAGCAAAAUCAAAGCGCUGAAGGAAAUAGCUCCAAAGAGUGAACUCAUCCCUCAAAUAGAGGAAGCGCCGGCCGUCUCCACAACAAACCCUAAACCACUCAACACUCCUCCUCCACACCAUCCCAACAACAAGUACAAGGAUUUCGAGACAGCGGCCCACGCAGCGUUCGAGCUGUCGGCUCAGGCAGCCACCGCGGCUCGAGCUGCCAUGGAGCUGUCUCGUCCGCCUGCUAGUGGCGGUUCGAGCUCGGGUACGUUGGUGAUGUUGGGGAGAAGUAGUACUGGGAAGUCGACUAGGUUUGCUGCAUCUAAGGACUAUGUUCCCAAGCUAUUCAACAGGAGUGCUAGUGUCACAAUGCUCGAGCGUCGCCCUCCAAAUAUUGGAAGGUGA